UGUUGCAACACCAGUUUAGUCGUUGGCGGGAUUCCAACCCAUCCGGAUCGUGCUUUGUAGCGUUUGUUAAAAAGGUGACCGUCCGACAACGUCCAGUACGUGUUACAAACAACCAGCGUGAAAGUCGUGUGUGCGUAUCAUCAGCUCUACUGCUGCUGCGGCCCGUUUGAUGCGUUGAUCCGGAAGCGAACGAAACCAUCAUUAUCAUAUCGUGCCAUAUCAUCGCUGUGGUUUAUCACCGCGUACAGAUCGGUCCAUAUCAAAGCCCUAAACCACGAGAUUGAUUAACCGGCAAACGGAAGCCGGUCCGUGUGUGUGUCGUCGUCGUCGCACCACGCAUUUUUCUGUCGUUUGCUCUGUGUUCCCUGUGAGCUGAUUGUCUCGUGGUGAUUUGUCAGUUGUUAACGUCUUCGGCCAAAGAACCGCGUUACAUUCGGAUUGCAUCAAACAUAAUAGUCAUUAAUUUAUUACAUUAACGCACGCCGACGGCCCUUGCCUUCUGGUUGGAAGCGUGGUCUGUAGCCCUUCUGACGGUUUAAAGCCAGUCAGAGCGUGGUAGGCUGUGAGCGGUAAAGGAUCCACCUAGCUACGCGAGUUCUGCCCCUUAGGUUAGUGCGUCUGUGUUGUCUGAGAAAACAGUGAAGUGAACUUGUUCUGAAAGGCGCUGAAAGGCAAGUCCAUCGGCCGACAAGUAGCAACAUCAGGCCGAAGCAACACCGCAGCCAGUACACUAGCACGAAAAUGAGUUCAAAAGCAUUACCAAAUCUAUUUAUGCUAUCAGCGGCAGUUAUUGUGGUGAUGGCGGCGUUAGUGAUCGUCGGACCGCAGCCGGCCGCCGCCAACGACAGCCAGAAUAUUAACCGGCUGCUUAACAAUCAGGUGAUUGUUAGUCGGCAGAUCAUGUGCGUGCUGGAGAAGAGCCCCUGCGACCAGCUCGGCCGACAGCUGAAAGCCGCCCUGCCGGAAGUGAUACAGCGCAACUGCCGGAACUGUUCACCCCAGCAGGCCCAAAACGCUCAAAAGCUGACGAACUUCCUGCAGACCCGCUACCCGGAGGUGUGGGCAAUGCUGAUACGCAAGUACGGUGCCGUUUAAGCUGCUGAAGCUGCUGUGAAGGAACCGUGUGGAGCACAUGGCAGCAAAGGAGGAGAGCAGCAGGCAAAUGUUCGCCAUAAUUUCACCACACCAUCGUCGUCGUCGUCGUCAGCAUCUUAUCGUCUACCUUGCCGUCAGUGGGAACGGAACCGAGUUUCACCGUGUCUGGCCGAGCCACCAGUUCCAAUAAAAGCGUAUUACUCCAACGGGGAGUGUACCCAUGCUGCCACCUCGUACCACUCAACAUAUCCGAGCCUUCUUCCUCCGUCUAUCUCUGUGCCAUGCUUAUUGCCAUCCAAGCAUGCCAUAGCUUAACGCGCCACCCAAAGGUAGCGCUGCUGAUGGACGGUUUUUAUUUCCAUGCUUGCUUUCCCGGAUGACAGUCACUGACACUGACUGGCACUGGCACGGGCUGGCGGGAUGGAAUUUAAAGUAACAACAACAGCAGCAGCAGCAGCAAAAAAGUCAUAUCAUUUCGAUUUCACACUUGUUUACACAUCGCGCGCUUUAUGCGGAAACGUCUGCAGCGCGUGCAUAUUGUAAAUCGAGCGCUAUAUUUAUCGCGCAUAAAAGCGUACACUCGAUUCAAGGCGAGGCUUUUGCUCAUUUGCUGACACACUUUUUGGUUUUCUUACUUUUCCUUUUCCCUCAUACUCCCACUCUCGCACACAAUCCUCACUUUAUUGAGUUUCACACAAUAGCUGGUAUUAUUGAAUCCGUUCGUAGCGGGAACGUACGGCGCUCACAUGAAAUUCUAGGGAUGGCAACACAUUUCUUGAGCGCGGUCCUACAACGCCGCGGUGAAUAACUGUAGCAACCAUCUAGUACGUUAGGAAAAUGAGUGUCGGGACGUACGCCGCCGCUACGAACGGAUUCAAUAAUACCAGCCAAUAUAAUUUACUUCACCAUCUCCUUGUGCGUUUCCGGCUUACGUUUAGCUUCUCGGUACGAGAAGCUGCUUGUUGUCGAGCUGUCGUCACCAUGGUGACACGGUUUUGGCGCACCCGCCCGACGCUUGAAUGUUAUUCUUUUACACCGCUCCCACUCCUCUGCUUUUGACAUCUGGCUACAUUUGUUUGUACGACGACAAACAGUACACCAGCAACAUGAUGCAUAAUCGGAUUAUGACUACUCUCUCUCUCUCUUUUGCGAGCAUGUUGGUAGUGUGUACGCCUCCUGACGACAGAGCCUGAUCGAGCGUGGGCGACUCUGGAAUGACGUUUGAUGAAAUGGCGGGUUUUUCUUUGCUGACAUGGCACAAUACCAGUGGGCGAACUCAUUCAUAAUAAUAAUAUUAAACAAUACUAAUAAUAAUGCUAUGUGAUAGAACCAUCAUAUCCCCCUGUUGUCCCCAUAUCGUCCCCUGCGGAGCCAGAAAUGUCUCAGCAGUGACAGGUCCAGUUUUUGGCAUGUUAAAGUAAAACAGGAUUAAAAAAAGAAAACAAAACAAAAUAUCAAUAAACUCCCGACACAAUGCUAACGAUAAAUAAUGGUUUGUUAACAAAAGAAAUUGACGAAUAAAAAAAACAGUCCCAUUAAACCCUUUGAUAGAGUGCAAGAAGCUCCCGUCGUUACCAACACUGGCCCUCCAUGUGAAUAUCAACAUGUCUCUUCUGUCUUAUCCCCCUCGUGCAACGGUGUGUGAUCGCUCGUCUCAUCCGACAAAGGCACAAACAAAGGCAACGUGGAUGCCAGCGUGUGUUGUUUCCCCCCUUUUUUGGGUGGUAGGAAUUUUACAAGAAAGCGAUAAGGUGGAUACGGCGAUUAACACCAUCCCCCCACCACUUCCCGACGCGUGUACGUGUGUGUGUGUAUGUUUAGGUUAGUUUGAAGUAAAAUAAAGAGGAUUGAAGAAAACCCGUGAAAAA